AUGUUGUCUCCAAGAGAGAAGGCGAUGAGCGCUCAUCCAAAGCUGACCUGUGAUUGGGCUGGACCCUUCCGAGUGAUAGAGGCAAGCGCCGAAAUCCGCGCAAAGAGCGACAAAGGUCAUUUGGAAUACACUUGUGGAGACGGCUGCCUGAAUGAUGUGAAACUCGGCGAGCUCGCAGGAAUUCAGUUUCCAGGAGCAUUUUCGCAGAAGCCGAUGGGGUCGCUGUGGAAUGCAUGGAGAGCGGCUAGCAUUUUCAUUCGCAUGGACCUGGACAUGGCGUCGAAGAUAAAAUUUUGGAAGGAUGGCGCAGUAUGUCUCGAUGAAGAAGCUCUCCAAAUUGUGCUGCGUGUCGCGUAUUCGAAGGGUCUUGACUGGACCGAAUUCAUUUGUAUGACGGACGGUAUCAGGAAACACGAGAAGAUUGCGUCAUAUGGAUUCGAAAAGACCUAUGACUCCGCCCUGAAAAAGCUGAAAAAGGAGCUCGAAGAGGAUGAAAAGAAGAAAAGACAGAUAAAACAAGGCCCAACUGCCUUUGCAGCUCCAGCAAGUGCUGCGUUACUCGAGAAAGACGGGCCGAAAAGAGGAAUAACGACGAGAGUUGUAACUUCGUUCAAGCAGCUUCGGGAGAUCCUGACGGAAUGGACAACGCAUGCCAUUUGGAUCAUUGUGUGGCGCAAAGAUAAAAAUUUCAAGGAGGAGGAAAUCUGUGAAAUCGUUAAGGCAUGCGGGCAGCAUUUGGCCGAAGGAGGACAGGUGGUAACUGCAUGGCCUCCGGUCAUCGAGAAAAAUGUGGAAAAUCGGAAGUCGAUGGUGGAAAUAUGGUCUAUGUUGGAUGAGACCAUAAAGAGACAAGGCAGUUCUAUAGUGCGGCAGGCACAAAGGUAG